AUGAUUGUACAGUGUGAACGCUACAUAAGAUCACCUGUUGUCCCAAGACCAACAGCACCAAAAGAGGAAAAACCAAUUCCUAUGCCAAAGCCAGGUGGUCCUACAAAAGGACCUGGACAGCCGAAUGAUGUCCCACCUAUCGUUGGUCAUAAUAAAAAUGAAAUGAAUAUCAUUUUAAGUUGUAAACAAAAAGAACUAUUUCAGUUAGAACAUUUAGUCCAAGCUGGUGAAUUACAAUAUAUCAACCAAACUUUAGCAGAUAUAUCAGAAAAGUUGGUUACUGAUUUUCAACAUAAACAUAAGUCAUUUUCCGAAUUUAUUCAGAACUGUUUAACACCUGUAAUGUAUUUAUUAAAACGUCUACAGAAUUUAGAUCAUUUUAUGACUACACUUAUAUUUAAAUAUCACCCAAUACAGCAGAAAUCAAUCCAUCAAUCAACGGAAAGAACAAAUUUGAGUUUACGAAUGCUGGUACAUGUCUUAUUCAUCAAUUCCGAUAUAUUUUUAAGACGAAUUGUUAUGUCAUUAUUAAGUAAACGAAAUCCAGUACCAUUUAUUUCACCAAAUAUUGAAAAUUCCAAUAAAAAUGAACAAUAUGAAUUUAUGACAAUUAAAGGAUAUACUUGA